UCUUGACCUCCUUCCCUCAGCAAGGUCUCACUCAUUCUCCGCGGUACCCCCACAACAAUGGCAACGAAUCUCUACGAAGUCCUCGAUUUGCAUCCCAAUGCAACCCCGGAAGAAAUUCGUAAGGCGUAUAAGAAGAAGGCCUUGAAGACACAUCCCGACAGGCUUUCUCCUGAUGCCACACCUGCUGAAAAACAACACUCUGCAGAGAAAUUCCGCCAGGUAAACAAUGCCUACGAGGUCCUGAUCGAUGUUGAGAAACGAAGAGUCUAUGAUUUACAUGGCUCUUACCCACCGCCGGAGGUUCCGCCUCCUCCCCCACCAAGGACGGGCCACGAGGGCUAUAGAUCCCAGCCUCGUUAUCGCUCAUCGUCUCCAUCCCCUUAUGAAGAUACGGGCUUUCCGGAUCCAUUUGUAUUCACUGAUCCCUUCGUCCUUUUCGACAAUUUCUUCAAUACUCAAUCUCAUCAUCGUCCGCACGAUUAUGAGCCUCGGCGAAGUUUCACAGAUGUUUCGUAUUUUGAUGAUGAUCCAUUUGCUUCCCGUCGCCGUAAUGGCAUCAAUAUUCUCUUGUCCGGCAUGGGUGGCGGUCUUUUCUCGAUCGGAAGAUCCAUGCAACAGCAUGCCCUUUCACGCCCUGCAUUUGAAACCUCGCGGGCAUCACGUUUCUCGGUGGGUGGUGGAGGUCAACGAGGUUGGACAAGUGAGAGUACUGUGACACAAACCAUUAAUGGUGUGACCCACAGUCGCCGCAAGCGAAGAGACUGGGAUGGUAAUGAACACGUUACUAUAACAUAUCCUGAUGGAAGGACAAUUUACACGCUCAAUGGUGUCGAGCAACCUCAGUCGCAAGCUGUCGAACCUCCUUCUCGUGGUUAUAUUGCACCUUCACUCCCAGGUAGUGUUCCACCUCCGCCUGUUCUUCAAUCUGGCAUGCCGCCGCCGCCGCCAUAUUCAAGUCGUCCGAGUUCAUACCAUAACCCUGAAGUGAACGCCGGGCACUCUGCUCCUGUUCCAGACCCAGCCUACUCGGACGGUCAUGAAACUGCGCGCACACGGUGGCGUCACGGCGGUACAUGAGGAUGCCUAGACUUCUCCCUUGUCCUGCUGUAUACACGUUGAACUGGCUCUGUUAUAUAUAUGAUCGGUGGAAUUCUUGAAUGUUAUCUAGCUAAUCGCUUCGUCCUGUAAUACUUACCACACUCUUUUUGUACUUGCUUCCCACUUUACUUAUGACAAUGUAUGUCUGCAUUUGUAUGCCGUAGUUGAUGAGAAUAUAU